AUGUCCAACGUACGUGCUCCCGCUGCUGCCACCGCCGCCACCGCGCCGCCACCAGACUCGGUGGUGGUAUAUCUCUCAGAGUUCUGCGUCUCCAAGGAGGAGGAGCGCAGACUCGAGGAUAUCCACCGCCGGGUGCUGGGCUGGGUCGAGCCGGCCGACGUGGCCAGGUGGUCUGAGGAGAAGCUUCUUCUCCUCAAGAUCACCAGGGUCAUGUUCGGUCUGGCCCCGUCCCAGAGGGGCGGCAACCUGCCCUGGUUCCGAAGGACGUUCGUGCCCAGAGUCUGCUCCCAUGACGAAGAGCAGAUAGACGUCGGCAACAACUUGGUGCGGUUCUUCGGGCUCCUGGACAUAUAUGACCGCGGCCGCAAGUUCCUGCCCGAGGAGGACCAGGAAAAGUCUCAGUUUACCCUCAACAAGUACAUCGAGUGGGACCUGAUCAAGUUGUUCGCCACCAUCGAGGCCGACAAGGGCUCAGGCGCCGAGCCGACAGCAGACCAGCCUUGCUACUGGGACUUUGGCUUCGUCACCUGCAGCGACGCAUCAGAGCGCGUCAAGCUCGGAAAGCUCUACCUCCGCCUCUUCAAGGAGAUCAGGACGGUCCAGACAAAGCUCAGAAAAGGCAAGCUCACCGCGCCCCAGCCAAAAACAUUUAUCAACCUCGCAAAGGCGACACAGGAGGGCAAGAUCAUAGAGUUCUUCGCCUCGGCAUCACCAUCUCUCGCCGCAGACUUUGAGGCCGCAUUCCCGGCCGCCACCCACCCUAUCCACGCCUUCCUCUCUGUCCGCCAGGGCGGAUUCCGCCCUACGGUAUGGCGCCUCAAGCAGGCGUUGGAGUGGCCUAUCCUGACGAGCCCGACCCUCAUCUCAGAGGAGAUCGCCGUUGCGGUUGACGACUGGUUCCCCGAGAGGAUCGAAGACCGCAGCAUAUGGGGCCCGAUGCUCGAGAUUUACGAAGCGCUCCUCCAUGAUCCGCUCGAGCUGCACCGGCAGAGAAAGGCCGGCACAUUGGUCGAGUACGCAGAGACUUUCGGCCGGGUCAGCGACGAAGUACGCCAAGAGUUGCUGAGUCUGGCUCCUCUCGAGCAGCCUGCAAGGAUCAUCAAAAGGAAGUCGUAG